AUGCUGCAUACACGCACGAUCGCUCUUUUGAUGGCGGGUUUGGUGGUGUUGGUGAACGCCCAAACGUUCCAGUACUCUCGUGGAUGGACCAACGGCAAACGAUCCUCGUCCUCAGACACAACCCCCAAUCAGGUCCUGGUUUCACGGAUCCCUCCUGGAGGCCUGGAUCUGCUGAAGGCUAGUGAGAAGGCACUGUUGCGUCGCUUCCUGCGUAAUCCAUGCGAUCUGCGGAUAGCCAAUCUACUCGCCGGACACCAGAGCAAGGACCUUCUGCAGCUGGGCAACGAUUUCGACAGCUCCGAAGCGGCGGGUGCCCCGUUCGUGCUGCCACCGUUCCUAAUUGAUCCGGACGAGGCUAAUGCGGGUGCUGCCAACGGAGCAACCAGCGGAAACCAACUGCUCAACGGUCGAACCACCGGGGACGAAUUGCGCUACAAGCGGGAAAUCGCCACCGGUACGCACCAGAAGCUCGCCUAAACAUCACCAAUCUAUCCGUCAGACGUCAUCACGAGCCGAAAAUCAGCGGAAACAGGUGCAGGAAGUAAGGUGGAUUAUCCACGUGUACAUUCGCGGGACUCAUCCCGAGGGAACCAUACGUAAUGAGCCACUCGGGGGAGUGUGAUGAGGGAAGGAAACCAAUGUAAUAACCGGCCUAGCCGGUUGGGAGAGAGGAAGAAUAUGUAGGAGUAGCGAUUAUCCAAGUUUGACGUUUGUUGAAGUUUUGACCUUCGGUCCGCAGCUUUCCUUGUCCAUCGGUAUACACAAAAACGCACGGUUUCCGGUUGUAGUUAACGGUGCUGCGUGAAUCACACAUUGCUUGUGGGAAGUCAUGUUCAUAUUUACCUCCAGCGAGGGGGACGAUCUUUCGCAGGAUUGGACCUAAACACGGCGAAAAAAAAGUGUAUCAUAAUUAGAGGAUAAAAGAU